GGUUACGCUGAGGGAAGCCGGGUUUCGGGAGUCGCUGCACUGCUGGGAGUCGGUCUCCGCUCCUUCCCGGCCUCGCCGAUCCCAGUUCUCUGUAGCCUGCGGUCCGCCGCCCCGCUCGCCGCCGCGAUGCCGGUGUUUCAUACGCGCACGAUCGAGAGCAUCCUGGAGCCGGUGGCGCAGCAGAUCUCGCACCUGGUGAUCAUGCACGAGGAGGGCGAGGUGGACGGCAAAGCCAUUCCUGACCUCACCGCUCCCGUGGCCGCCGUGCAGGCGGCCGUCAGCAACCUCGUCCGGGUUGGAAAAGAGACUGUUCAAACCACUGAGGAUCAGAUUUUGAAGAGAGAUAUGCCACCAGCAUUUAUUAAGGUCGAGAAUGCUUGCACCAAGCUUGUCCAGGCAGCCCAGAUGCUCCAGGCAGACCCAUACUCAGUACCAGCUCGAGAUUACCUGAUUGAUGGCUCAAGGGGCAUCCUCUCUGGCACAUCGGACCUGCUCCUCACCUUUGAUGAAGCUGAGGUUCGCAAAAUUAUUAGAGUUUGCAAAGGAAUUUUGGAAUAUCUUACCGUGGCGGAGGUGGUGGAGACUAUGGAAGAUUUGGUCACUUAUACGAAGAAUCUUGGACCAGGUAUGACUAAGAUGGCCAAGAUGAUUGACGAGAGACAGCAGGAGCUGACUCACCAGGAGCACCGAGUGAUGCUGGUGAACUCAAUGAACACCGUGAAAGAGUUGCUUCCAGUUCUCAUUUCAGCUAUGAAGAUUUUUGUAACAACUAAAAACUCAAAAAACCAAGGAAUCGAGGAAGCUCUGAAAAAUCGCAAUUUUACUGUAGAAAAGAUGAGUGCUGAAAUUAAUGAGAUCAUUCGUGUAUUACAACUCACUUCUUGGGAUGAAGAUGCCUGGGCCAGCAAGGACACCGAAGCCAUGAAGAGAGCACUGGCCUCCAUAGACUCCAAACUGAAUCAGGCCAAAGGUUGGCUCCGUGACCCCAGUGCCACCCCAGGGGAUGCUGGUGAGCAGGCCAUCAGGCAGAUCUUAGAUGAAGCUGGAAAAGUUGGCGAACUCUGUGCAGGCAAAGAACGCAGGGAGAUCCUGGGCACCUGUAAAAUGCUAGGGCAGAUGACUGAUCAAGUGGCUGACCUCCGUGCCAGAGGACAAGGAGCCUCCCCGGUGGCCAUGCAGAGAGCUCAGCAGGUGUCCCAGGGUCUGGACGUGCUCACAGCAAGAGUGGAGAACGCAGCCCGCAAGCUGGAGGCCAUGACAAACUCAAAGCAGAGCAUUGCGAAGAAGAUUGACGCUGCCCAGAAUUGGCUUGCGGAUCCACAUGGCGGACCGGAAGGGGAAGAACACAUUCGAGGAGCUUUGGCCGAAGCUCGGAAAAUAGCAGAAUUGUGUGAAGAUCCUAAAGAAAGAGAUGACAUUCUACGUUCCCUUGGGGAAAUAUCUGCUCUGACUUCUAAAUUAGCGGAUCUACGAAGACAGGGGAAAGGGGACUCCCCAGAGGCCCGGGCACUUGCCAAACAGGUGGCCACAGCCCUGCAGAACCUGCAGACCAAGACCAAUAAGGCCGUGGCUAACAGCAGACCCACCAAAGCAGCUGUCCACCUUGAGGGCAAGAUUGAGCAGGCGCAGCGCUGGAUUGAUAAUCCCACAGUGGAUGACCGGGGAGUAGGUCAGGCUGCCAUCCGGGGGCUUGUAGCCGAAGGGCAUCGUCUGGCCAAUGUUAUGAUGGGGCCUUAUCGCCAAGAUCUGCUUGCCAAGUGUGACCGAGUGGACCAGCUAACGGCCCAGCUGGCUGACCUGGCUGCCAGAGGAGAAGGGGAGAGUCCCCAGGCCAGAGCACUGGCGUCUCAGCUCCAAGACUCCUUGAAGGAUCUGAAAGCCCAGAUGCAAGAGGCUAUGACUCAGGAGGUGUCAGAUGUUUUCAGCGAUACCACAACUCCCAUCAAGCUGUUGGCAGUGGCGGCUACUGCCCCGCCUGAUGCACCCAAUAGGGAAGAGGUAUUUGAUGAGAGGGCAGCUAACUUUGAAAACCACUCAGGAAGGCUUGGUGCCACUGCAGAGAAGGCAGCUGCCGUUGGGACUGCUAAUAAGUCAACAGUGGAAGGCAUUCAGGCAUCAGUGAAGACGGCACGAGAACUCACACCCCAGGUCGUCUCGGCUGCACGCAUCUUACUUAGGAACCCUGGAAAUCAAGCUGCUUAUGAGCAUUUUGAGACUAUGAAGAACCAGUGGAUUGAUAAUGUUGAAAAAAUGACAGGGCUGGUGGAUGAAGCCAUCGAUACCAAAUCUCUAUUGGAUGCUUCUGAAGAAGCAAUUAAAAAAGACCUGGACAAGUGUAAAGUAGCAAUGGCCAAUAUUCAGCCUCAGAUGCUGGUUGCUGGGGCAACCAGCAUUGCUCGUCGGGCCAACCGGAUCCUGCUGGUGGCCAAGAGGGAGGUGGAGAACUCAGAGGAUCCCAAGUUCCGAGAGGCUGUGAAAGCUGCCUCUGAUGAACUGAGCAAAACCAUCUCCCCGAUGGUGAUGGAUGCAAAGGCUGUGGCCGGAAACAUUUCUGACCCCGGCCUGCAAAAGAGCUUCCUGGACUCUGGGUAUCGGAUCCUGGGAGCUGUGGCCAAGGUCAGAGAAGCCUUCCAACCGCAAGAGCCUGACUUCCCACCUCCUCCCCCAGACCUUGAACAGCUCCGCCUAACAGAUGAGCUUGCUCCUCCCAAACCACCUCUGCCUGAGGGUGAGGUCCCUCCACCCAGGCCCCCACCACCUGAGGAGAAGGAUGAAGAGUUCCCUGAGCAGAAAGCUGGGGAGGUGAUUAACCAGCCAAUGAUGAUGGCUGCCAGGCAGCUCCACGAUGAAGCUCGCAAAUGGUCCAGCAAGCCGGGUACCCCAGCUGCUCAGGUGGGUAUAGGUGUUGUAGCUGAGGCAGAUGCGGCUGAUGCUGUUGGGUUCCCUGUCCCCCCUGACAUGGAAGACGAUUACGAACCUGAGCUGCUGGUAAUGCCAUCCAAUCAGCCGGUCAACCAGCCCAUUCUGGCCGCGGCUCAGUCAUUGCAUCGGGAAGCUACCAAGUGGUCUAGUAAGGGCAAUGACAUCAUUGCAGCAGCCAAGCGCAUGGCUCUGCUGAUGGCUGAAAUGUCUCGACUGGUAAGAGGGGGCAGUGGCACCAAGCGGGCACUGAUUCAGUGUGCCAAGGACAUCGCCAAAGCCUCAGAUGAGGUGACUCGGUUGGCCAAGGAGGUUGCCAAGCAGUGCACUGAUAAGCGGAUUAGAACCAACCUCUUACAGGUAUGUGAGCGAAUCCCAACUAUCAGCACCCAGCUCAAAAUUCUGUCCACGGUGAAGGCCACCAUGCUGGGCCGAACCAACAUCAGUGACGAGGAGUCUGAGCAGGCUACGGAGAUGCUGGUUCACAACGCCCAGAACCUCAUGCAGUCUGUGAAGGAGACUGUGCGAGAAGCGGAAGCAGCGUCAAUCAAAAUUCGAACAGACGCUGGAUUUACGCUGCGCUGGGUUAGAAAGACUCCCUGGUACCAGUAGGCAUAUGGCCAAACCUCUCUGGCACAGAAACCCGUCUAAGAGAAGGAAAAUGAUCAGAGUCCCAGGAGCCAUCCAGAGUUGUUGGGCAGUUGAAAGCCACAUCCCAGGCUGUCAACCAAAAAGGAACGGGGCCUCUUCAUGUUAGAAAACAUUUAUACUCUUUUGUCAUGGAGGAUACUUUGAAAUGUAUCUCCAUAUAAAGCCUAUAUUUUCAAACACAGCUAUACCUGUGCACACCCUAUCCCAGUAGGCAGACUGGGUUUCUAGCACAUAAGUUUCACAUAAGCUCAGAAUCCAAGAGUGAACACUAGCCAGGCACUCUGCUCUGCCCUUGGCCCUUGGGGGACAGGUUCCCGAGAGGAACCCGUUCUGUCUUCUGUUCCCUGCCCCUAUGCUCCCCUCUAGACUCCCAACUCUCAGGGCCCAGGCAAGUUAGUUAAGAAGGAAAUCACUAUGCCUCCAAAAACUGAAUUGGGCUUCCCGUGUUGCUGCUGACCCUGCCUCCCUGCCCUGGGCUGUGCUACCUGGGUCCUUUUCAGAGGUGAGCUUUGCUGCUACAAGGGAAGGUAGCCUCUGAGUAGUCCCAGUAUAUGGGCCUGGAUGCAUUUUCUGUCCACUGUCAGUUUAUUCCUUCAGGUUUACCACAGUAUGAAACUAAAUUUCAUUCUGUCAAAAGGAAAUCACAGAAUCACACGAUUGUCUUUACCAUGCCCCAGAGCAAUGUCUGUGCUAGGGAAACUUCCUUUUCAGUUUCCUGCCCCCACCUGCCAAGGUAGCCAUCCCAUGAUCACACUGUUUCCUGGUGCUCUCUGCCACUGGAGGGGCAGAGUGCCCGGCGGUGGCCCUGCCCAGCCUCCCAGCAGGACCACUCCCAGGUGCUCCAUGCUUUGUCACUGCCUGCAGAGGUCUGUGCUGAGGCCUUAUCAUUUGUUCUUAGCUCUUACUGUUCUUUCUGAGCUCAAAUGCUGCAAUUAAUUUUUAAGAAAUCAUGUCUUCCAUUCUGACCUUUAGUCUUCCCCUAAACCUUUGCUAAACAAGAUUUUAAAGAUAUGUAGGUUGUUCAUCUGUAAUUUUGGAAGACCCUUUUGAAAUUUAGUCCUAAAAAUUGGUGCUUGUCCCCCAAGAGUGUUUAAUGGAAAGGCAAUCCUGUCUAAAAAGCACUUCCUACCUAAGGGAGAGUGGAAUUUGCAGACUGGAAUUCUGGCACUGCUGGGGAUUUAAAUGAUAAAUCAAUGGGAAAUACUCCUAUAAUUCCUACCCCCACUACAGCCAAGCCCUCUGCUUCCUCUGCACACCCAGUGAUUGUUCAAGAGAGUAAAGGAUAUAAUAUUUAUCACUAUAAUAAGUUUCCUAUUAGGCAAAGUGAGAGAGGGGGGCAAUUUUCUUUUUCUUUUUUUUUUUUUUUUUUGCUGUCUAAUAAGUGUUCCCUGGCAUGUGAAAGGACAUGAUUCUUCCCAAAGCCAGAACCAGAUGAGUAAAGGAGUAAGCAUCAUUGCCUAAAUGUUUUUAUCCCCAACCCUUUAUCUGUAUUAGAUCUCAACACUGAAUGUGUAAAACUUGUCUUAAGUUGGUCCUGUACACUCAGGCUUCCUGUUUCUUUUUUAAUGAAGAUUAUUUUCAAGGUCCUCAGCAUAUUUGUAUAGUUGCUUACCUGAUAUAAAUGCAAUAUUAAUGCCUUUAAAGUAUGAAUCUAUGCCAAAGAUCACCUUUUGUUUUACUAAAGAUUACUUAGAGGAAAUAAGAAAAAUCAUAUUUGCUUUCCAAGUUCUACCAGUGUUUUGAGACACUGGUUCAUACUUAAUGCCAGAUGUGGUUUUUUUGUUUGUUUGUUUUUUUCAAUAUCAGUGCUCAAGACAGUAAAUUUGAAACAAGAAAAAAAAAAAGCCCUAAAUGAUGACUAGAUGUCUUCACUAAAAACAUUUAUAA